UCUUCUGUAAUUGAAUGAGGAGCAGUGUGAUGUGUCUGAUUCCCCAAGUCAAAUGGUAACAGGUUGUUUGUUGUCUGGUAUCUUGUAGCACCAGAAGAGAAAACCUGCAAUCAGCCAGAUGAUGCUCCCUGGGUGUGAUAGUGAAAUGCAGGGACUGGUGCAGUAAGGGAAAGAAUCCCUUUCCCAGCUCCUAGAAGAAGACAGAUAUAGGGCACUGCUGUUGCAUUUUGGUAUUGCUGGUGGGCUUCAGAGAAAAGCAGCAUUUAGAUAAGGCAUAAACAAUUCCCUGGGAUAUAAAUUUUAUUUCAGCUUUAAAAAAAAAAAAGCUGUAUGAGCACAGUUUAGUCCUGUGACUGAACACAGUUUGUGGAAGUAUCUGUGAGCAAAGCAGAAAUAAAAACUCUGUAUCUAUUGUCUGAGUGCUGACCACCUACAGCUAAUUGUAAAAUAUUUCCAGAAAUGCUGUAAUGAUGCAUUAUGGUUUUAAAAACUGGAAGUGAGAAGGUAGUUACAGAAGGAGUUAAUGCCUGUGAAUUUGCUAGGAACCAAGUUAGUUAGGAAACACAUUUGAGAGGAUUAACAUUGUUGUAGAAAUUAAUGUUUGAAGAGAUUGACCAGGAGGGUGUCGAGCUGAAGAAUUUGAAACAUGAUUCAGUCCUAUUGGUGGGCUUGUCAAGCUUGCUCCCCAGCCCUGGAUCCAUGAAGUGAAAAAACACAGAGCAGAGCAGCUGCUACACUUGGAAAGUGUAUCCAAGACAAAAAAAAUAGGAAAUUAACCUGUAUCCAUCCUGCUUAUCAGGUAGGGCUCUUACUCGCCCUGGUUUGCUUCAGCUUGCCAUCAGGGAACUGUAUGGCAUAACUUUAUUUAAUGCAGCCUUUGUAGGAGUCCUCAGAAUGAGACCUGUUUAAUUCAUUGUCCAAACCCUGAGAUGUGUCGGGGCUUUUACACACCCAGAAACAGACAUCAGUAUCAGUUAAAAAAAGCAACAUGAAGGAGCCUGAGAAGCCACGUGCAGAGGACAAAAUCUGCUGCAUUUCCAAGCUGAAGGUAUUUCUGCUGGCACUGUCACUUGCAUUCCUUGGGAAAACGAUGUCUGGUGCUUACAUGAACAGCAUGUACACACAGAUAGAGAAACAGUUUAAUAUCCCAGCUUCUUUAGUGGGCAUCAUUAAUGGAAGCUUUGAAAUUGGUAACUUGCUGCUGAUUGCAUUUGUGAGUUACUUCGGAGCAAAGCUGCACAGACCCAGAAUAAUUGCUUUGGGCUGCACAAUUCUGUCAUUUGGAUGCCUUCUGAUAUCACUUCCUCAUUUUCUCUUUGGAAGGUAUCGUAUUGAAAGCAGCAUUUCACAGUGGGAAAAUUUUUCAGUGAUGCCUUUAUGCCUUGUUAAUCAAAAUUUGUCUGCUUUGCCUACAGAGGAACCAUCAACAGAAUGUGAAAAGGAGCCUGGGUCCUUGCUGUGGAUAUUUGUGAUGGUUGGAAACAUUGUGCGAGGAAUGGGUGAAACUCCCAUCAUGCCUUUAGGCAUUUCUUAUUUGGAGGAUUUUGCCAAAGCAGAGAAUUCACCUUUCUACCUGGCAUGUCUACAUACAGCAACUGUAAUUGGCCCUUUCCUUGGUUUAUUGUUGGCUUCAUUCUGUGCAGAGCUGUUUGUUGACAUUGGAUCAGUAGGUGCAGAUGAGAUAACUAUAACAGCUACUGAUGCCCGCUGGGUUGGAGCAUGGUGGCUGGGCAUUUUGAUUUGUGCACUGCUGAAUCUUCUCGUGGGAAUACCAUUUUGGUUUCUGCCCAAGUCACUUGUGAAGGAAGGUGAAAGCAAUGAACCUGAAGAGACAAGUGAAAAAAGUGUAGCACCGUUGCAAGAAAAUGAUAAAAAUGAAACCAAGCAGACCAUGUAUGAAAUUGCUAAAGAUUUCAUCCCCUUCCUCAAGGCUCUGUUUCACAACCCUGUGUACAUGUUAUUUAUAUGCAUAACUGUGUUACAGUUCAGUGCCUUUGAUGGCAUGAUAUCCUUCAUGCCCAAAUAUCUGGAACAGCAGUUUGGAAAGUCUGCAUCAGAUGCCAUAUUUUUAAUUGGUGUUUACAACUUACCAGUUCUAUGUGUUGGGUAUUUUUCGGGCGGCUUAUUCAUGAAGAAGUUCAAGAUAAGUAUCUACCAGGCUGCCAACAUAGCAUUUUGGGUGUCCUUACUGGAAUACCUUCUCUACUUUGCUGCCUACUGGACUGUCUGUGAUACCUCACCAGUUGCUGGUCUAACAGUUUCCUAUCAAGGAAUAGAGCAAAUUUCAUAUGCAGAAAACACUCUACUGGCUGGCUGCAACGUGGAUUGUGAUUGCCCACUUAAAAUAUGGGACCCUGUUUGUGGGAACAAUGGAAUCACUUACGUGUCACCUUGUCUUGCUGGGUGUAAAUCCUCAAGAGGAACUGGAAGAAGUGUGGUAUUUGAAAACUGCACCUGUGUUGCAGCCUCAGGGUUUUCAUCUCAAAACAUCUCUGCGACUCUGGGCCAGUGUGAUGGACAUGGAAACUGUGACAAGAUGCUCCAUUAUUUUUUAAUAUUGUCAUUAGUCUGCAGCUUCAUUUUUUCCUUAGCAGCCAUGCCUGGAUACAUGGUCUUAAUAAGGUCUCUAAAGCCUGAAGAGAAGUCGUUUGGAGUGGGUAUCCAUGGGCUGGCUUCACGAGUAUUUGCUGGAAUUCCAUCUCCCAUUUAUUUUGGAGCUUUGAUAGAUACCACUUGCUUGAAGUGGGGUACUAUGACUUGUGGUGGAGAAGGAGCAUGUAGGAUGUAUGAUAUUGUCACAUACAGGUGGCUGUAUCUUGGCCUGCCAGCAGUGUUACGUGGAGUGUCCUUCAUCCCAAGUACACUAAUUCUCCUGAUUUUAAAGAAGAAACUGAAAUCUGAAAAGCCAGUCUUAAUAAAUGCCCCAAUAGAAAUGCAGGAUAAAGAACAAGAAGCAGUGAAAUAGCAUUUCACAGAAGGACAUGUUGGGAAAAAACAUUGCAGUGUAAAUAUUGGAUAUAUCCUUGUGAAAAAUUUUGUACUUUAACUAAUGAACACUUGGACAGAGAAUAGAAUUACACAUAGUUGUAUCCAACUUACAUUAUAAAAGUAUCAGUUUGUAAUUACAAGGCAUGGGAAAAAAUAUGUUUGAUGCAAAAGAAGAAGGACUAAAAAUAAGAAAACUUAUGAAAUGCCAGGUUUGAUUUGUCUGAGGAAAGGGCUAUGAGGCAGAAACAUGCUUCAUAGCAUGUUUCAUAGUAUGUUCAGUCCUGUUUCUCUUAAAAUAGAGAGAAUUCUGCAUUUGACUCCAAGUGAUGCCAGAUUUCAUCUUGGAUUUCUCACAUGGUUUCUGUCAGAGUCUCUCUCAUUGGCUGUAGACAGCAUUUGUGGCUUCUUCAGGCCCCAGUUUUCCAUAAAUUUAUUUAAUGACAUUAUUAGUCCACUCAGGCAGGGAUUGUUUGUUAUUCUGCAUAGUGUAGGUGGUCAAUAUAUUGGAAACCUGGUUUAUGACAUGGUCUGGUGUUCUGGUAACAAUAAUAAAUUUAAAAAUUACAUUUUUAAAAAA